CACUGACCACCUGAAUUAAAAUACUUUGUCAUUCCCUAUAUAAUCAUCGAUCUCCAAGCCCACCAGCUGAAUAUAAAAUACUUCGCGAUUCCCUAUAUAAUCAUCCAUCUCCCACCACUUGUUUCAAUCUACGAUUUAGACUCAGCUUUUCACACUUAAUCAAUAUUCAUAGACUGAUUAAGAGAGAUAUGGGAACGAUUAAGCAAGAGCUGCGUUCUGAGCUACUUGAAGCUGGAGCUCACAUUUGGAAUCAAGUGUUCAGUUACAUAAACUCUAUGUCACUAAAAUGCGUAACUGAGCUCGGCAUCCCCGAGAUCAUCCACAAGCACGACCAUGUGCGCCGUCUCAUGCAGACCGUCGUGCACUCGGGCUUUUUCGUAUUGGAAAAAGUCGAUUCAUCGGAUGAGCAGGGUUAUUGGCUUACGCCUGCUUCACGUCUUUUGAUUGGAGACCACCCCAUGAGCAUGAAGGCGUUCGUACUUUCCCAACUUGAUUCGGUCCUUUGUGAGCCAUGGCAGCAUUUAAGUGGAUGGUUCCAAAAUAUCAAGGACCGCACAGCAUUUCAUAACACUCAUGGAAUGUCAUUUUGGGAGCUGAAAGAGCAGAAUCCAAGGUUUGGGCUUUUGUUUGAUCAAGGUAUGGGAAAUGAUACCCCAAUGGUGGCCGACGUGAUUGCCAGAGAUUGUAGGCAAGUGUUUGAGGGUUUGGGUUCUCUUGUGGACGUGGGCGGAGGCACUGGAACUUUGGCCAAGGCCAUAGCCGAGGCGUUCCCAGAAAUUCAUUGUACGGUGCUUGAUCUUGCACCUGUCGUUGCGGGAUUAGAGGGGACAAGGAACUUGAAGUACGUUGAGGGAGAUAUGUUUGAGUACAUUCCUCCAGCAGAUGCAGUUCUACUCAAGUGGAUAUUGCAUGAUUGGAGCGACGAGGAAUGUGUAAAGAUCCUGAAGAGAUGCAAAGAAGCAAUAAAGAGUAAUGAGAAAAGAGGAAAGGUGGUGAUCAUUGAGAUGGUAGUCGAUGACCAAAAUUCCGACCAUAAAUCAGUGGAAACUCAACUCUUCUUCGACAUGUUAAUGAUGACUGUAGUUGGUGGAAAAGAAAGAAACCAAAAAGAAUGGGCAAAACUCUUUUUUGAUGCUGGUUUCACGAACUAUAAGAUCUCUCCCCUCUUGGGAAUAAGGUCUAUUAUCGAGGUUUAUCCCUGAGUGUAUGCUAUGCUAAGAUUUCUCCCCUCCUUGGAAUAAGGUUUAUUAUCUUCUUUGGAUGUGUUACGAAAAAUUUUAUAUGUGUUCCAAAAUUAGCAUAAAAAAUGUAGUACUGCGAAACUCGUGAUUCAGGUGUAAUUUUUGCAAUUUCUAUUUAAUAUUUUGUAAUUUAUGCAAUUUAAUUGAGUUAUUUAUGCAAUUUACGUAUAA